GUUGGUUGUUUUCACAAUUCUCGCUCUACGUCCCCCCCAAAACGCUUGGGCGGACUAGCCUGCUUUAUUACGUCACUAGGCUCUAUGACGCCACAACCCUCAGAAGCUGGAAAAGGUAGGAAAGCAGAAAUACAUGAGUGUCGCCUGACUUCCAGGUUGCUAGGCUUCAGUUUUUAAAACGUAGAGAUAAAACACACUAUAUAGUCUUUAUAACACUAUCGCCCUGAAAUUCCGGUGAAAACUGAAGGACCCCAGUAGAAACAAAAUUUAAAAAUUCCUUCCAGUAGCACCUUGGAGACUAAGUUUGUCAUUGGUAUGAGCUUUCGUGUGCAUGCACACUUCUUCAGAUACACUGAAGGGUCACCAGACCCUUAUAUAUCGUGAGAGGGUGGGAAGGGGUAUUACUCGGAAGGAAUGCAAAUUGCAGGUCAGAGUUGUCACCGGGGAUGUACAUAGGAAAGCUGUUUUAUGUAAUAUGAUCCUCGGGUAAAAAGGAGAAAGCAUGAACUGUAAGAGAUAGUCUAAGGAGGCGUGCGUGUAUGCUGCGGUAAGAGUUUACGCCGCAUUCUGCACCAGGGUAUGCCCACUUGUGUCUAAAAUAUGCAAUUAAUAAAUAGAUGUAGGCACACUCAAAAAAAAUAAAAUGCAAAUUGAUGCCGCUCUAGCCCUUGGCACCAACCUCUAUGGUAAAACCCAUUUGGCAUUGAUAAACAUAAAGGCACCGAGAGAGAGAAAACGUUCAGACCGGAAGUGGUUGUAAACUCCUCCCAUCUCUAGGGUUAUUUAAAAGCCGAGAAGUGGGCGGAGCCUCGCGGAGGCGUCUAGGCAAGGCCUUUCAGAACUGGCCAAUAAGAACGGCUUCUCUUGAAGCUCCUGCCCAAUAAGGAGCGCAGGGGAGGGAAGAGCCCGCGCUUCACGCAUCGCCUCAAGUCAAGCGGUCGGGUCCGUGGAGCAUCUCCGUGAGGCGGUUAUCGAUCUGGGUCUGGCGAGCGGCGGACGAGAGGCGGCGCGGCUAUGAGGAUGGCGGCGCUGGCGAGCGCGGCCGAGAGGGCUGUACUGGUGAGAGAGCGGCUGGGGCGGCCGGCCGCGUUGCUGUUGCAGCUGCAGCUGGGUUCGGAGGCGGCGGCGGCGGCGUCUCCUUCCCACUUGGCCGGGAGAAGCCGAGGCGCCUCUGUUCAGCCCUGAGGGACCGACAGCGGCUCUGCCUGGCUCAACCCCUUUGGUGUGGAGCGGGGCCGUGCGUGACGUCAUCCGCGCCGGCAUCGGCGGUGCGUGACGUCACUCCACAGCAUCGCAGAGCCGGCGCCGCCUCCUCCCAUGAAAUUAUAAUUACCUUAUUUCAUAAUGAUAUUUAUCAUCGGCGUCAUCAUCACCAUCCUGAAAUAUGUUGCCAGCACCGAGAGAGUGCUGCUUGUGGAUUUCCCUAUACUCAGGUCCUGCUUGUGGGUUUCCCUAUAGAUGCAUCUGGUUGGCCACUGAGGUAGCAGGAUGGUGGACCAGAUGGGCCAUUGGCCUGAUCCAGCAGCCAGGCUCUGUUGAUGUUAUUUCCCCUGCUUUCUAUGAAUGGCCGGGGGGAAACUGGGCUGAGAGUUUCAGCUGCACAUUUAAACUGCAUUUAAAGGAGUCCAGCCCAAGAGUUUGUGAAUUGAUGCAUUCUGUCUUCAGGGGCAAUUUGUUCACUCUUACUGAUCUCCUCUUUGAGGAGUAAAAUCACCCAAUAUACUUCCAACGAACUCCAGGACAUGAUUUGAAAACCACUCAUGUUAGAUAAGAUUUGCACCCCACUUAACAAUUUCUUCAAGGAGUUCAGGGUGGUGGGCAAAGUUCCUUCCCACAAGGGACCCCACUUUAUCUUACAGCAUACUUGUGAGGUUGUGAUUUCCAGAGGAUGUUGAGUCUCUAGCACUUGUUUUUUUUUGCAUUUCCUUGCCCUCUGAUUCCUCAAAACAUUGUGUGUGUGCAAGUGUGCCUGUUACACCGGAGGGGUAGAUUGUAGUCCACACAAGCUAAUGUCAUAAUACUUUUUUAGGCUUUAGUCUGCCACAGGCUUCUUUGGUCUUCUGAAGUAGGUUAGGCAGAGCAAAAGCAUGGAGCAGGGAGGGGUUGUAGCUCAGUAGCACAGCAUAUGCUUUGCAUGCAAAAGGUCCCAAUAUACAGUGGUACCCCGCAAGACGAACGCCUCGCAAGACGGAAAACCCGCUAGACGAAAGGGUUUUCCGUUUUGGAGGCGCUUCGCAAACGAAUUUCCUAUGGGCUUGCUUCGCAAGACGACAGCCCAUAGGGAAAUCUCAGGGACAGCGGGGAAGCGCAGCGCGUCUUCCCACUGUCCUCGGACCUCCUCCGAAGCCUGGCGGCGGGGCGGGGACACCUCCUCCCGCCGCCGCCGGGCUUCGGAAGGCUCCUCCGGCCGGGCGGGGGGCGGGAACACCUGCCGCCGCCGCCCGGCUUCGGAACGGUGCCCCGACGCCGGGCGGGGGGGAGGGAACACCUGCCGCCGCCGCCCGGCUUCGGAACGGUGCUCCGGCCGGGCGGGGGGAGGGAACACCUGCCGCCGCCGCCCGGCUUCGGAACGGUGCUCCGGGCCGGGCGGUGGGGAGGGAAGACCUCCCCGCCGCCCGGCUCGGAACGGUGCCCGGCCGGGCGGGGGAGGGAACACCUCCGCCGCCGCCCGGCUCGGAACGGUGCUCCGGCCGGGCGGGGGAGGGAACACCUGCCGCCGCCGCCCGGCUUCGGGAACGGUGCCCGGCCGGGCGGGGGGAGGGAACACCUGCCGCUGCCGCCCGGCUUCGGAACGGUGCCCGGCCGGGCGGUGGGGAGGGAAGACCUCCCCGCCGCCCGGCUUCGGAACGGUGCUCCGGGCCGGGCGGGGGAGGGAACACCUCCGCCGCCGCCCGGCUUCGGAACGGUGCCCGGGCCGGGCGGGGGAGGGAAGACCUCCGCCGCCGCCCGGCUGGGCACCGGUGCCCCGCCGCCGGGCGGGGGGGAGGGAAGACCUUCUGAAGGCGGGCGGGGGGCGAAAGUCUUUGCUCCCCCCUGCCUGCCUGUCCCGGAGGGCUUUUGAAGGCGGGGGGAGCAAGACUUUCGCCCCGCCCGCCUUCAGAAGAGGUCCAGGACCUCUUCUGAAGGCUGGCGGGGGCAAAAGUCUUUGUCCCCCUGCCUGCCUUCCCAGGGGCUUUAAAUUGCCCCGGGACAGCGGAGGACUUCUCCGCUGUCCGGGGUGAUUUUAAAAUGCCGCCCGCCAGCAUUUUAAGAUCGCCCAGACAGCGGAGAAGUCCUCCGCUGUCCCACGGUUUUUUAAAAUGCUGGGGGUGGGAAGAAAAGCCCUUGCCCCCCCCAGCCUUCAGAAGAGGUCCGGGGACAGACUGUCCCCGGACCUGGUCUGAAGGCGGUUUCCCUAGGAACGCAUUAAUUGAUUUUCAAUGCAUUCCUAUGGGAAACCGUGCAUCGCAAGACGAAAAACUCGCAAGACGAAGAGACUUGCGGAACGAAUUAAUUUCGUCUUGCGAGGCACCACUGUAGAUUCCUAAUCUAUCCAGGAAGGGCUGCAAGAGACCUCUGUUUGACACAUGUUGGAAAUGAUGCUAGACAUCCGAGACCAGGGAGAAGAGUCGGUGAAAGAAGACUGGAAAAAAUUUAAGGACUACUUACAGAAAUACUGCAAAACUAAGGAACUUUAGAAGGAUGUUGGAUAGAAACUAAGAGGUUUUUAGCUGUAAUGCUUUAAGAGACAUGGGAAAAAAAAGGUUAACAAUUGGGUAAAAGAUUAAUGGUAAGGAUUUGCUGAACCAACAAAUUGAAUUGGAAUACAAAGAAGGGAGGUAUGAGGAGGUCUGGGGAAAUAAGAGUAAGGAAGAUAGGCUAUGGAACAUUAUUGUGUUUUUAACUGUUUUAUUUUGUAUGUUUUUUCUUACUUUUUACUUUUUUGCUGUAAUUUAUACUUUUUUCUUUGUUUUCUGUAUUUUUGUGAAACUUUAAUAAAUAUCAUUUAAAAAAAAAGGAAAUGAUGCUAGACUAGGUGGACUUCUGUCAAAACCAGCAGAGAUGCUCUCAUCCUUUGAGUUGGUGAUAGUAUGACUGUAGCAUUUUACACUGCAAGAUGUGGAAGUCAUUGCUUUUUUGAAAGCUUCUUUGAUGUCUUAAAAGGCUUCUUCAUCAGAGCCAAGUCUUAUUGCCCAGCCUGAUCCUUGCUGUGCUAGUGUUCUAGUUACAAUGAUUUUUUUAAGACAUGGGACCAAUAAAUAAAAUGACUCCCUGCACACAUACAGUCCAAAAAGGUACAGUCCAUCCUGCCAUCUGUGGAUUCUUUACCACUUCCUUCUGCUGCAUGUAUAUGCCCAGACUCUGUCUUGCAUUCCCCAAGCAGGUAGCAAUAACAUCAACAUUAACUUCUCCUUAUUGAAUUGAGCAAAUAACCCCUCUUGUCCAGCAUUUUCUCUCAAUCACUGCCAGCCAGAGGCCACUGCCUAGAAGCAAGAUUUCAUGAUGAUUGGGAUCUCCUGGAAUUGUGUCCAAAUAUGUACUGCCUCUGGAUGUGGAGAAUCUACUUAACAAGAAUUGAUCAGGAGAGUUGAUGGAAUGGUCCUCUCUAAAUUUGUCAGUCUCUGUUUGUUUGUGUUCAUAGUUCUGCACUUUAAGCCUGCAUCCACAAAUUGUUGACAGUUCAGUUCUAGCACAAUGAAACAUCAUUGGUUGGUUCUGUAAGGCACAUGGAUGAUGCAGUGGUUUUCUGCAAUUCCCUUCAUGAAUUCUUAAAUGCCAUUCACAGCUGUUGCUGAAAGGUCUGAAUUAGAAGCAAGGUCUGUCACUUUGCUAUUUGGAUAUUAUUGUAAAAGAAGGUAUAUUGUUGGGGGUGGAGUAUCACUGAAUAGCCAGUGUGUUGCUUUGCAGCUUCAGAUGAAAAUUAAGAUUGAUAGAUUUGAUCCUAACUGGAGCUGUGAGGGUCGGAGACAUGCCUCAGGUUUCUCAGGAAUCUGUAAACUCUACAAUGUUUUCAUCUGCUGCAUUAGUUACCAUUGUUAUCGCUUUUUUGGCACCAAACACAUGUCUGCGCCGGUUGGCUAAAGUACUUGAAAACUUAGCAUACAGUGGUGCCUCGCAAGACGAAAUUAAUCCGUUCCGCGAGUCUCUUCGUCUUGCGGUUUUUUUGUCUUGCGAAGCACGGCUAUUAGUGGCUUAGCGGCUAUUAGCGGCUUAGCGGCUUUAAGAAAAAGGGCAAGAACUCGCAAGACGUUUCGUCUUGCGAAGCAAGCCCAUAGGGAAAUUCGUCUUGCGGAACGACUCAAAAAACGGAAAACUCUUUCGUCUAGCGAGUUUUUCGUCUUGCGAGGCAUUCGUCUUGCGGGGCACCACUGUAUAUGGUUCUAUAUGCUAGGAUCCACCAACAGUAUUGUUGAUUUCAACUGUACGGGCCUAGAGUUUAUUCCAUAGUAAUUUGUUAGUCUAUUAAGGUGCCAGAAUACUUACUUUUGCUUUAUCAUCAAUAGAAGACUUUACUGCAGGAGUAGGGAACCACUUUUCCACACACAAACCUCCACCCUUCAUCCAGGCAAGCAAAGAAGCGUUAUCACAGUUUAGGAACACAUUUCAGUUAGGCGAAAGCACUCAAGGAGCAUGUGGGGUGGAGGGCCUCCUGAGGGCCAAAUAAAGAUUGGCCCCACAGGCCUGGGGUUCCCCAUCCCUGCUUUAUAAGUUUCUCCAGAGUCUUAAAUAUACAUAAAUCUAAUUUGGCAGCAUUUAUCACUUGAGACCUGAAACAAAGCAUUUAUUUAUUUGUUUAGGUCCCAUGUGUUGCUGAUGCCAGUAAGGCUAUUCUGGCCCUUAAUCAGAUUGCUUGGGGCAUUGUUUAAACAUUAGUUCAAGCAACAGUUCUAUGCUGCAUGUUCUCAGUUCAUAUCACUGUGUUCAUUUGAAUAACACAAUGUCUCCAACACCAUAAGGAAUGCUUCAUCCUAGAGUAAGUUGUCUUAGUGGCAAAAGGUUAUUCAGUUUACAUGCAGCAUUUUUUGUUUGUUUGUGAACUCCUUGAUCCUAACCAGAUUCACCCUUACCCAGUGGGAGUGAUUCAUGGUACAUUUCCACACUUGGAGUACAGCUUUAACGUGUACAACAUGACAGACUGCUGUACAGAUGGGGAACUCUACAUCAAGUAACCUGUGUGCAUGCCCAGCAUGGGAAAUGUACUCUCAGUAUCUCAGUAUCAAACUCUCAGUAUCAGAUGGGCACUUUUAGGGGUUUCACUCAAUGGUGCUGAUCAGCUGUUAAAUGCAGAAGAUCUGGAGGCAUCUGUAUUCAAGUAGAAAUGCGUAAAUGAAGAGUAACCUGACAGCUUGGACCUAAGAGGUUCCCCAGAGAACAUGGUUGGGUGGUGGGAGGUAAGAUUUGGCUCCUACCCUGUGCCUUUAUCCUUAAAAGUAAAUGAAGACAGCCUCUUAGAAAUAGAUGCAAGUUAAUUAUUAAAGCUGUGUAAGUGCUGUCAAGGUUCAAGAGACUCUGAAAGAAUUUGUUUGUGUUCAUAACAGCUGGAGAAGAAUGUUCAAGGUGCCCUUGGGGAGGGAGCCUUACUGUGGCUCCACCGCCCCUUCUGGAUCCAGCAGUGCUUCUGUUUAUCUGAAGCCAUGUGGUGCUUUUGGAUUCACUCCUGUGUAAACAAGUGGAUUGUUGUCAGCAUUGUGAAUAGUUGGUUUCUUCUUUGAACCAAACCUUUCCAGAAUUAUUUGGGAACAGACACUGAGAUGUCAUUGCAUGAUAGGGAAAGAUGUUGGGAGCGGAGUUUCCACAGUUUAUUUUGUCAAUGUCGGAGCCAGGUCAAUAAAUUGAGGAGUGGUGGUAAGACCUUGAGUUGUGGGGAAGGGAUUGGAGGCAUGCUCAGUUCAAAGUUGAGCCUUACUGGAAGCUCCAUAUGUACAUGUCUCUGCAACUAUAAGGCUCAGGGGUGAUUUAUUUAGAUCAGGCAUGUCCAAAGUCCGUUUCGGCCCGCUGCUCGCUUUAAUCCGGCCCCUGUGGUAGUUUAUAUCCUAGGGUAAAAUCCUUAAAAACCCUCAACAGCUUCAAUCCUCAAAAAAGGUUAACAACUUUGGUUGGCCCUCACAACCCUUCACUUCAUCAAAUCUGGCCCUCUGAAAAAAGUUUGGACACCACUGAUUUAGGUAAAUGUUGGAUUUCCAAAUAUUUCUAUCAGUAUGGCCCAAUUUGUGCAGUAGAAAAUCUAAGCUAUGAAUUGUGGCACUUUGGUCACAAAACAUUAAAAACAACAACAACAAAAAGGGUAGAGCCAUUGAGAUUAAUGGACAUGUUUUAGUCUUGUCCAUCAGUUCUAAUUUGAGUAGGACUAACAAAGAGUGGCUUUUUCUCAGCAGGGAGAGCAGCACAGCAGAGGCAUUGCCCUCUCAGAGCAGAACCUGAUCCAUCGAAAGUAAGGAGACACCCCAUGCCUUGCUGACUCAAUAAGAGCUUGUGAAAUCCCCCUCUGUGCUUGGGAAAUGAAGAGGAGGAAGCAAUUUUGCCAUUGCCUGUGUACUCUUUACUUCUGUGUUGAUUUGAAUAUGAAUGAAAACCCUGUAGUUUCUAGGCAAAAUAAAAUCAUGUGAAACUUGCAAGAAUGUUAAAUUAAAAUGUUCUGGUUAACUUGCAUAGCUUGCUGCCUGGGUAAGAUCUUCAUUUUUAAAAGUGCAUGAUCACAAGCAUUCUAAAUGUCUUUGGAUAGUUUCAGCAGAACUUACUCAUUUAUGUGUGAUGAUGUGAGUGGAUAGCUCAGUUGGUUAGAGGGUGGUGCAGAUAACGCCAAAAUUGCAGGUUUGAUCCGCGCGUGCCAUAAAUGCAUAUUCCUUCAUUGCAGGGGUUGGACUAGAUGAUUCCUAAGGUCCCUUCCAACUCUACAAGUCUAUGAUUUUAUGAGUGGAGGAACAAAGAGGAGAGUAGCACUGGAGUGCUAAAUAUCUUUCAAAAGUUCUCAGUGAAUCAUAUUAUAGAAAUGUGGAGUAUUAAUGCAGGGGGUUUUAAUAUGUAUUUUCGUUCCCUGCAGGAAGAGGAGUUCAAGUGGCUUUUACGAGAGGAGGUUCAUGCUGUCCUACGGCAGCUGCAAGAUAUUCUGAAGGUAUUUACCCAAAAAUGAUAUUUCUUCCGACUGUGUGUUUCUUUGUCUGAAACAGUUACUGGGCAUACUAGCAACCUUUCAGGCCUCUCGUUCUACUACAAAACAAUUUCAAACUUGCUAUGGGUUCUGGGUUUUGGUUGUAUAUUAGCCUUUGGCAAAAAUUGGUGCUCUCCAUAAGCUUUGGAGCACAGCUCCUGUCUGCCCCAGCUAGCAUCGUGCUGGCUGGACCUGAUGGGAGUUGUAGUCCAAAAUAUUUGGAGGGUACUAGGUUGCCAAAUGCUGGUCUCUACUUAUGAUGAUACCAGAAUACAGUAUGCAAGUAUGGCGACCAGCAGGGCCAAUCACUAAUUUCACCAGCAAAGAGCCAAAUGCCAGACCAGCUUUGUAGCAGAGAUGAAAAAAGGACCCAAAUUGUGUACUGCAGAUUUGUCCUCUUCUCACCCCACGCCCAGUCCAGAUAUCAGAAUUACAACUUCAGAGAUAGAUUGAAAGACUUCCGAUUUUGGCGGCUAUGCUGUGUAUGUUCAGGUGGGUGAAUGAAGAUUACUCGUGGGGGUUUUUAACUGAGCCAAGAAGUGUGUGUGUAGAUAAAUAAAUUUCCCAGAAACAGGAAACUCUGGUGCAUCUGUUCAAAGUAUUUAAAAAUAAUAGAGAAGUGUGGAAGCAGGAAGUAGGUUAUACCAUUGGUUUUAUUUUUGUGUGAACCAGAGCGGUCUUGCCACUUUUCUAACCUAAGAAGAAGAAGAUGAAACUUUGGGAGGCAGCUGGUGUCUGCGGCACUCAUUCUUCUCUGCUUCUUUCUUGCUCAGGAGGCUUCUCAUCGCUUUACUUUGCCUGUGAGCGGUUCAGAGGGACCCAUCAAGCAGGAGAACUUUAUUCUGGGUAGUUCAAAGUACGUAUGGAGAUCUUCAUGGGCAACAUGAUUUGCAACUGUUGUCUCCUUGUAGCAGCUAUAGAGGGGAGGGGAAGCAAAGUGGACUUGGCUAAGGCCAGCCAGUGCGGGGGAAGCCAAGUCUGGGAGCUUAAAUUGCCACUUCCCACCACACCAUGCUGCUCAGACAAAAGUUGUUUCUCAGGCAGCAUCUCAGGAAGCCUCUGUGAGUCAAGAUUAGAAAACUAUUCAGCUUCUGUCAGUGUAAUUAAGUUUAAAUUAGAAGCACACGUUGGAGCUGAUAUGAUCCCUCUCAUCCUUGCCCUUCAAUAGCUCCAUCCAUUCUCCUUUGCUGCCUUCCCCCCGUGUGUGGAAUGUAUUCUCUGAGUGUGUAUGUUAGGCGCUUAGAACCUUUUUCAGCCCAAGGGCCCUGUGGCCAUGGUGGGCGGUGCCAGAUGCAAAAGUGGGUGGAGCCACAGAUUUGUACAGUAGGCUAGAUUCUAGCCAGGCAGAAGUUUCCAUAUACACAUCUCUCCAUCCAAGCAAGCAGGAGGCAUUAUCACAUUCCAGCCAGGCAAAAUCCCUCAAGGAGGGUACAGAACAAUAAGGGGUGUGGCCUGGGGAGAAUCCCGAGGGCGCUGGACAGAGGGGCAUGGAGAGCUGCAUCCUGUAUCCUGGCCCAAGAUACCCCUCCUCUGGUGUAUGCCGGGUCAAGUCUCCCUCUGAACACCUGAUUUAAAAUCACUUUUUCUGCUUACCCUUAGGUUUAUUAUCUCCCUUGGUUUUCAUUCCCAACGGUAGCCAAACUUCAAUCACAUGUUGCAGUUCUUGCCUUCAUUACUGAUCCAUCUGUCUGUCCCUCCUGCCCUUGGUCAUUUUCCCCACUCUAUUUAGAUUGUAAGCUCCUUCCGAACUGCAACACCUUAAGACAUAUAAAUAACAAAGGCAGUUUUUUUGCUUUGUUUUUAUUAAAAGUCCCAGGGGUAUAUAGGAGAAGAUGUGUUUUUAAUUCUUCAAAGGGGACCACUACAAAGGUGCAAAGCAAUCAGAAAGAUGUGUGUCCCUUCCCUGGCUCUGGUCUUCAGCCUUGUUGUUUCCAUAAAGGGCUGAAUGUCCACGUGGGUGGAUGGACAUUUCUGAACCCACUGCUCAGGCACAUGUUCAAAAACGGGCUGGGAGGGGGCGGGAUGAAGAGAACUCCCAUUUCCUCUAGCUGUUGUCUGCUCUUCCUCUUCGUAUGGAUAUAACAGCUUUGAGUUUUGAGGUAGGACUGUGCCAAAAUGCUCCCCUCCCAGAUUUCGUAAGCCUUAUUCAGAGACCGCAAACUGGCCAUUUCUCUGAUUGUGAGGGGUAAUACAUAGUAAAAAUUUGCUGCCAUCAUGGAGGCCUCUUACUUAAGCAAUGUGAGGGUGGAUGGGCAGCUUCUUUAACCAUUUUUUUGUUAGCACUGUUCUCUGUAACAGAACAGUUCUGCUCUCAGCAGCCUGAACAUCUUUUUUGUAGCUGCAAAAUGACUUGAAUGCAGUGUCAUUUUAGGACACUUUAGAGGAAGGAAACAUGGUUAUCACUAUUGGUGGCUGCCAUAUUUUCCAUCCCUCAAAAUGCCCCAGAACGAGGCUGCAUCCAGGUCAAUUGGGGUUAAGCCAAAGCAGAGCUGGUCUGUUAUCUAUGUCUCUACCACUGUUUGGUAUGUUGGCAUGAUAAAAGUUUUUAAAAAUAGAACAGAGACAUUUCCCUGCCAUUACAUUGUAAAAGUUUAUUGCCUACCCAUCCUAAUAAACAAUGAAUCUCCUCUUUUUGGGGGUGGGGAGCUGAACCCCUUCCUCCACCAAAUUCAUCCAAUCCAUCCAAUCCUUUUCCCAGCUUACAUUUGAAGAUGAUGCACUGCUACAGAGGACCCACCGUACUUGGUACUUUAUUGAGAGCAGUGUGCAUCCUGUCAUCAGAUCCUUAACCAAUCCCAAUUUUAUGGUCGCAUUCCUUUGCAGAAACAAAGACGAUUCAUUUCUAAAUAACAAACAGAGUUUGUUUUGCUCAAUCACACUUUCCGCAAUUAUACAAGGAGGCUGUUUGCAGUAUGUCAGCAACUGAGAGAAAACCAGAAAAUAGCACAAGUCUUUCUUUAUGCUGUCUAUUCCUGAUGGUUCCAAUGAGGAAGUUGGAACUGUAAAUUUAUAAUCCCUGAACAGCUCUGGCCUGCUCUUUGAACCAUUUGUGUUUGCUUGCGUAUAUACAUCCCCAAACACCCGUGAGAAUUAGAUGCAUUUUAUUAUCCAUGUUAACAACACUGCCUUUUAUUUCAGCACUGACCAGGUGAAGGGAGUCCUGACACUUCAGGGAGAUGCCUUGUGCCAGGCUGUGAGUAUUUGCUCAUGCAAGUUUCACGUGGUAGGGAGUGGGUACCUCCCUGAUGGUGCCAGGCAGGAAAACCUCAUCUCCUUCCAACACUCUUGGCAUGUCAGCAGAUCUCCUCUUGGGGGAAUUCCAGCUUAUUUUUCACUUGGGCCACUAUACAUUUAAGUACUAUUACAGCAGUUUAAACAGUUGCGGCUUCGCCUCAAAAAUCACGGGAACUGUAGUUUGUUAAGGGUGCUGAGAUUUGUUAGAAUACUCCUAGUCCCCUCCCAGAGCUACAGUACCCUGAGUAGAGAGGUUGUUUGUUAAACCACUCUGGAAAUUGUAGCUCUAAGAAGGGAAUAGAGACGUCUCCUAACAGCUCUCAGUGCCCAUAACAAACUACAACUCCCAUAAUUCUUUGGGGGAAGCUGCAACUGUUUGAAGUGCUGUAAGAAUGCUGUGAAUGUAUGGCACAGAUGUACCUCUGCCGUAAUCAGAUAAAUAAUCAACUUGCUCACAUGAGCCUUUGCCAUUUACAUUGCUGAAUUAUCUUUCAAAGGCCGCAGGGACCAUGAAACCCCUGCCCUGGAAUUGCUGCUCAUGCUUAAUGGUUACCUGCUGCUUUUGGUUUCCAUGUCAGCAGUGCAGCCAACACACCAUCAGUGCCAGGCAACAUACCAUGCAGAUCUCUUAGGAUUGUUAUUGAGGCCUGGUUGUAGAUUCCCCAGAUGGUUAAGCAAACUUCUUUCAGCCUCAGUUCACUAUUGCUGCAAUGCAGAUAAACAUGGCCUCUAAUCCCAAAGGGGUUGGUAACAAUAAAUUCAAGAGAGGAAUUUGACUUUUUUGUGUAUUUGUGUGCCCCAUGAACUGUAGGACUACUGCAUGCUCCAAAUCAGUGUUUCUCAUUCUUGGGUCUCCAGCUGUUUGGGACUACAAUUCUCAUCAUCCCUGGCCACUGGUCCUGCUAGCUGAGGAUGGGAGUUGUAGUCCAAAAACAGCUGGAGACCCAAGCUUGAGAAACACUGCUCACCAACCUUUUGGGGCACAUUUGCAAACUGGAGAAACUGUUGCGGGCGCCACACAUACACACACCACCACAAUCGAGCACAUAUUACAACCUGUUCCACUGGCUACAACAGAGUGCUGCUUUGAAGCUUAACUGUAGGGAGGGAGCCCUGUUGGGGCCAGGAAGAGCCUCUGCAGACACAGGUGCACCUGGAGGUGCCACUUCAGUAAUUCCUGAAAUAGUAUUUUUAUUUGAGAGCUUGCAGCAUCUCAAGUUCCUUACCUGCUAAACUGUGGCUUCUCAGUGAUUGACCCAGGAGGGGGGUUGCAUCUUUCUCUACUCCCUGUUGUUUGUUAACUGUUCAACCAGGCACAGUGUUUCAGUAUGUUACCGAGGCCCCUGGAAAGUCAAGCUCCUGGGCCACUGGUUAUUUGAGGACUUUGCUUGUUUUUGCUGCAGUGGUUCAGGUGAGCCAGGUAUUGCACAGAGCUGGUGAUUUACUUGGCAUCAAGUAAUUCAAAUAAUUUGACCCCUCUCUUUGGCCAAAAAGGCCUUGAGCAGCAUAAAAAGAUCAAUAAAAGACAUGGCACACAAGAGGAACAGAACAGGAAGGGGAAAGGGAAGCUCAAUCCCUAGCUCUUAAAGUUACAAUUCUUCCAAAGGGCUAGCUGGAAUAGAAGCAAUUCAGGUGGCCUGAUGGAACAGCUGCCACUAGGUGACAGUUGAGGCAGCUGGUUCCUCAAUAGAGGUGACAAAACAACCCUUCUUCCUUGCUCUGCAACCUGAUGUAGUGACUUUCCACUGCUGACUUUCCCAAGCCAGUUAACCAACUACUGGUUAGCAGAUGCAUCCAGUGUAGGGCUGAAAAUGGCCAUUAAUCUGAUUGUCAAUCCUAAACCCUAAUACCACAUAGGCAUCAAACAGAAUAAUGUUUUUUGCCUCUCAGAAAAGGUGCUUUCUCCAGCUUGCUGUUCCUCCUAUAGAUAUGUAGUUCCUGAUACAGUACUUCCAGGACUCAGCAUCCUGAGCUCAAUAAUCAGAAAUAGGGUGGGAGGGUCAGAGUAGUCUCUGCUAGACUUUCAUUAGUAGCGAACUGCUAUGAAUGUAUGCUGUGUGUAUGCACCCUUCAUCACCCCUCUCUGUUUCUCAGGAUAUUAACUUGAAAAUGCCCAGGAAUAACCAACUCCUACACUUUGCAUUCCGGGAUGAUAAACAAUGGAAACUCCAGCAGGUAUGAUGACUGCAAACUCAUCUUCUUGCAUCUUGUUUGUGCUGAUUUUGUGUGCUUCUAAGUUCAAAACUCUUUUUGCCUGCUUUGGCCCAGCAUGCUGAUGGGCUGCCCUUUGUUGCUUUUUUCAGAUCCAGGAUGCAAGGAAUCAUGUCAACCAAGCGAUCUACCUGCUUACCAACAGAGGCGCCAAUUACCAGUUCAAGACAGGAUGUGAGGUCCUCAAGGUGAGAAUUGUGCUUGCUUCCGUUCGCCUUGGGAACAGUCACUUUUCCAGAUGAGCAAACACUUCACCUACAACUGGAACAAUUGUGGGACAGAGCUGUGGCUUGAUGGCACUGACAGGACACAUGUUUAGCAUGUGUCUGGUCCCAGAUUCUGUCCUUUGCAUCUCUUGUUAAAGGGCAAAUGGUCAUAGAACAGGGAAGGAAAUCUACCUGGGACUUUGGAGACCUGCUCCCAGAACAGACAGCACUACUCCUCUGGCCUAGUAUGCAACCAGCAGAACUUUAAAAGGCCCUGCUGGAUCAGGCCAAAUGCCCAUCUCGCCUCCAAUUAAGGGACUCAGAGAUGCCCACAAACAGGGCAUGAAGGAAACAGCCAUCCAGUGUUCAGAGGCAUAACUUACCCUUACACAGAAGGGUUUUUCUUCCUUUCCACGUAGGUCACAAGAGAUUUCAGACGUGUGUAAUGGGAAAUUAAUAUAGAAGGUGUAGUGAUGACCAUUGACUUAGAUAGAUUAGAUAGGAAAUAGAGCCUCCAUGCUCAGAGGUAGGAUAUCUGUCUUAUAAGAAUCCUGGCUGUCCAUAGCUGUUAAUAGAAUACUGGACUUUAAUUUAUUUAUUGAUACCAUUUUUCAGUCCCACCUUUCAGAAUGCAAAUUAUUCUAAGUCUGUUUAGAAGCCCACAUUUUCCAAAACCUCAGUGAACGAUAUCCACACAUAAAGUCAUCAGGAUCCUUCCCACAGGGCAAUUGGUGGUAGAAUCAUCAGGGGAGAGAAGGAUGAUAGUUCAGCUAGAGCAGGCCUUGGUGUGGUCUUCGCCUCCUUCCCACCUUCUCCUGGGGUCCUGCUCACGGGGCAGUUGGUGUCAGGGAGAUUAGAGGGACCUUUGACUUAAUCCAGGAAGGCAGUUUGUUUUGGGGGCAGUUUCUUGCUAACACUCAAACGAAAUGUUUCUGAUUGACCCUACGCAUCAAUUAUGAUUUGUGCAUAUGAAGAAAGCUCCGGGGUACCUGAGAGGCCAGGGUUAUGCUUGGUUCUUGAUACACUGAAAGCCAUUUUGGAGUAACGUCAUAUGACUAAGAUUUUCAGCCACAACUCUGGAUCAGUCUAAAUUAAAUUUCGGGUUUCUCUCUCUGCCUUCCUCCUCCUCUCUCCACACCAGUUGAUGGAUGCAGUGAUGCUGCAGUUGACAAGAGCUCGGAAUCGGCUCACCACUCCAGCUACUUUGACUCUGCCAGAAAUCGCCUCUAGUGGUGUUACGGUAACUGCCUUUGUCAGUCUCUCAGGAAGGGAUAAGCACACACCUGCUCCAGCCCACUCAAAUCUCUGUUAAGAGUAAUCUUAGUUGUGCUCUAAGAAAAGUCCAGCUCUGUGUAUACUUGCAUUAAACCUGCUGUACUGUGUGAAUGGCUUAGGUUUUAAGUUAUUGGCAACAGCAAGGCUACAGAAGUCAAGAAGCAGUAGUAGUAGUCAUCCUCCCACCUUGGCUUCCAUCCUUCUAAACUCUGAAAGUCCUACCUACAAAGUUGCCUUUGUCUCCUGAGCUUUGAGAAUGUAUUUCCUGGACGUUUGGUUUUUUUAAUUGCACAUCCAUGAGGACUAGAACGUUGCUUGCAGCAUGCAAGCUCAGGGAAACCAAAUCCAUUCCCUAGUAAUACUUUACAUGGAUGUGGUAAAUUGUUCAACGUUGGCAAUGGGGGAGACAGGUACAGUGGGCCCUUCUGAGAUUCCCCCCCCCCAAGGAGCUGAUGGCUGCUGCUAGACGGGGGCUCCUGGCAAGCUGCAGCAGACAAAUUUUGCUCACAAAGUUUCCUGUGACUGCAUGUGAUCAAAAAAGAACUGUUACAAAUAGGAGCAGAGGGACUCUUUGCCCUUGGGAGGGCAGCAGUUUUGAUGAACUGGGUGUUUCUGUCUCUCAUUAAAAUUAACAGGUGGCCCCUGGUGCAUUGCUCUUUGUUUAACUCCUGAAAUCUUUAGGUCAGGGAGCGCCAGCCUGUCAGUGUUGACGCAGAUGGGCCAGUGGGCUUAGCCCAGUCUGCCAAUAUGAAUUUGCCCAGUUGAGAGACUGGGACUUUCAGAAUAGAAAAAAGAUCCAUCACUAUCUUUGCAGCAGUGAUGCAACGGUUGGAAAACGGUGGGUUGGUAUUCCCAGGGGUGGAGGAAAGGGGGUGCAGUGGGGGCAGAACACCCUAGGUGUCUUCGCUGAGGGGGGUGACAUUUGGUGCACCACCCACCCGCGACUCCCAAGCCUACCGCGAGCCGUCGGGUAAAGGGGGGGAGCUGUGCCGCGUUCCUGCAGCAUUCCUUUCCCCCUUCGUUUUGACAGCUGGGGGAAGUUUGGGAGUCGCAGGUGGGCGGGGCGCUGAAUGUCCGCCAUUGGUGGCUCGCUCCGUCCCUGGCUGCAGGGCGCGCGUGCUGCUCCGUGCACCCGAGCAGCUAUCCCGCGCCUGAGAGGGCACCCUCUGUGCCCCGCCUGCCUUGGGAGCGUGCCCGCCCUGGGCAGCAUGGGUAUAUGCUCCGCUGCUGGGUGUUCUGUUUUUCUCCUAUCCCUGUGAUUGAGUGACAGGGCCUAAAGGGGAAUGUUUUCUUCUCCUGACAGAGAAGUGCUUCAGACCCCUCUAGGAAGACCUGCUUUACACUCUGAGAAUCUUUGUCCUAGGAUUGGUCUUAAUUGGUGAGCUGGAACCCACAACAAAUCAUGAUCUGAUCUAAGGUGGAUCAUAACAGCUGCGCCACCACCAUAAAAAUACAUCAUAAAAAGUCAAGGAAUGGGUCCCCAAAUGCAUGUUUGAUUAUAAGGUCAGGAAAAAAAAUGAAGACUACUGUCCUCGAGGGAUACUUGUUCACAGUCCUGCAUGUAUUGAAACCUGGUAUUUUCAAUGGGUAAGAAAGGAAGGACCUUAAUGAUACACUGGUUUUGCUUUCCCUGCAGAAAAUGUUCACUCCUGCUCUGCCUCCAGACAUCCUCGUCAAUUUCUACAUCAACCUGAAUAAGCUGUGCUUGACUGUCUAUCAGCUGCAUGCUCUGCAACCCAGUUCUACAAAGGUACCGGGAAAAUGCUGAAGGACUAUUUAUAAAUCUCCUAAAAUACAAAUAAAUAGAACGUAACCCCCAGCUCGCUCCCAGGGCAGGGGUCUACUCUACUGUAAUCCUACACAGGAGACAUCCCUUACCACUUGGGGAGAAGGUCAGCGUUAGAGCAUUGGUUUCAAAUCUUAACAAGGGUGAAAUAUUGUGGUUAAUACAUCUGAGGGUCAUAAGCCAUUUGUAGGUCCGACCAAGGGCCUUGAUUUUAAAUGUGUUGGUGGAUCUUCACUGGUGAUAGUUUUGGCAAAACUGUAGAUGAGGCCCAGAAGCAGCUGCGUAACAUCUUUCUCCUUUGUAUUUACUAUCACUACUUCAAGGGGGUGUUGUGAAAGACUAUUGCACAAGCUCUGACUAGCUGGGUAAAUGUUUGUGGGUUGUAUCUGAGCAAGUUCUACUCAGAGUAGAGCUGUUGAAAUGAAUGGACCUGAAUUAGUCAUGCCCAUUACUUUCAGUGGAUCUACUCUUGGGUAGAACUUGGUUGAAGACAACACCAUAUCUCUCUAAUUUAAGAGUCAGGAAAUGACAACAGAUGCUAAGGAAGCAGAAAAAAUAUUGAUACUGUAAGUACACUAUUCAUAUCACCUCUAUAAUAAAGAAAGCUUGUGGAGUCUACACAGAACAACUGUUUCCUUCUUUGAAAAUCCAUGGGUGGUAAUUUUUUAUUUCCUCCCCCAGAACUUCAGACCGGCUGGAGGGUCCAUACUACACAACCCAGGGGCCAUGUUGUAAGUUGGGUUGUUUUUGUUUUUAUUGUGUAUUUGUGAUUUUAUAUUGUGAUUUUAUGUUGAGACCUGCGGGUAUAGGGUGGUUUACACAUUUAAUAAAAUAAAUGAAUAAAUAAAUACCAUCACACUAUGGUGAAGGCCUGAGGGAACAGGGUGGAAUUUUGUCUGUGUAACCUCCCUGCACCCAGCAUAUCUCUCUCUCUCUCUCUCUCUCUCUGUGCAGUGAGUUCAACAACCAAAGAUAUGAAGUGAACCAUGUCCACAAAGUAGAGUGUGUCGUGCCCUGGCUGAAUGACGCCCUCGUUUUUUUCACGGUCUCCCUGCAGCUCUGCCAGCAGCUGAAGGACAAGGUCGGGUGGUGGAAAGAGAUGACGUGGUUGGCAAAGGGCAUUCCUUGCUUUUGGGGGCCAGGGGAGGCUGCUGGAUGUUGAAAGUAUUUUGCAGCGGCAGCCAGUGUGAUACCCUGCAGAAGCUGCUGGACUGCCAUCAUCCCUGACCGUUAAUUAUGCUAGCUGGGGCUGAGUGGGCAUGUGAAGGGCACCACGUUGACUACUUCUGGUAUACUUAGUGAAGUGUUAGUUCUGUAUCUGAUGCAGAAAAAGGAGACACUGGGAGCAAGGCAAAUAGCAUUGGAUUGUGUGAAACUUAAAAGCAUAUGUCCUGCUGAUGUAUAGAUAGUAACCCUUAGCAAUAAUAUAGCACAUUUAGAGCAUUUAGACUGCUACAGCUAAGUCUAUUUCAAGUAAAAUGCAAUGGAAAAAUGAACCAGCAGCCCUGUCAAGGUAGGUUGAUAUUAUCCCCAUAUUUCAGAUUUGGGAGGGUGGGAUGUGGAGGCUUAGAGAACCUCUAAGCUUGUGACAAAAGUGAGAUUUGAAUUAAGAAUCCCCAUUCCCUGCUCAUUCUUGGAUUCCACACCAAUUAGCUUUUUACAGCAGGGAUGGGAAACCUUAGGUUGGGGGUUGCCAAACAGAUGUCUUGAGCAGGAGCAUGAUGCAGCUUCUGACAACCUCUCCCCCUCUUAUUUUCCAGAUCUCUGUGUUUUCUGGCUACUGGAACUACAAGCUCUACUGAUCCUGCCUCAAACAGUGGUCCAUUUGCAAUUUCAGCCACUCUCUCUCUUCCCGGGAGGAAAUCAUUGUAUAAGCUGUGUAUGUGUGAAGAUUUACUGGAUCCCACUGUUCAUGGUGGCAGCCGGGUAGGCACCAUGCCCAGUGUUGGCAUCCUCAUGUGUCGAAUAUCAUUAUUUAUUAGCACUUUAGAAGUACACCUAUUCCUUUCCAAGCUGGUGAACACUAGUCAAAUCCCAACCCUCUAGCACAGGGAAUGGGCUCUCCAAAUGUCACAGGACUGCAACUCCCAUUGUCCCUGAUCCACUGGCCAUGCUGGCUGGGACUGGUGGGAGCUGAAGUCUAGCAAGACUUGGAGGGCCACAGGCUCCCCUUUUCCCUUCAUUAGAGGAAAAGGUGUGAUUGUGAACAGGGAAAAUGAAGCCAGGGCUGGACUGUUAUGGAGGGAUGACAAGAGGGACCAACUUGGUGUGUGUGGUGGGCCACAAAGAGCCAUUCCUUCCUCGUCAUAUUUUUGGUUUGCUGUCCCUUCCAUCACCACCACCAAAUCUCUUGCGCCAAUGUGGAAGAUUCAUCUCUACAAUUUAACCCCAGCGGCGUCGGGAACAAUGUUCUUUUGGUGGGUAGCCAGAGGCACCACCUCCAUCAUGUCUUCCAUUGAGCCAUCGCUAUGCCCGUCUACCACUAAGCAACGCAAACCAUACAUGUUUGUCUUGGUGGCAGAGUGGUCGGUUGCUGCUAAACUUGAACGAAUCAUUCCUUGAACUGGUCUGCUGUUGUCGUUAAAUAAAAAUCCCUGACCGUUG